AUGGCCGAUGUUGCAGAGGAGGCGCCUUCCGUUUCGGAGCCCCUCGAUCUCGUCCGCCUGCUGCUCGACGAGGUUGUGUUUGUGAAGCUGAGGGGAGACCGUGAGCUCAAAGGUCGGCUCCACGCUUACGACAGCCAUUGUAACCUCGUCUUGGGGGAUGUGGAGGAGACGAUAUACGUGGUUGAAGACGAGGAGAACGACGAAGAAGUCAAGACUAUCAGCCGGAAAUCCGAGAUGCUUUUUGUCAGAGGUGAUAGCGUUGUGCUCAUCUCCCCUCAGUCACGGAUUCACUGA